CCCCCGCGAUGAGGAGGGCCCUUCACGGAACCGGGGUAAGGCGUGCGGGUCUUGGGGAGCCCGGUGGUGGCCGGGGGGGCCGGAAGUGGGCUUUGGAGCUUGGAGGGCCUCUAGGAAGCGAGAAAGUGGGGGGCCGGAAGUGCAGGUGGGGGGUGUGAAGACGGCAAGGGUUCCCCGGAAAUGGGAUGGGGGGCCCGGAAACCGGGAGAGGAGAGGCUCCAGGGCCGGGGACGGCCCGGAAAUGGAAACUAGGGAGCAGCUCGAGUGACAACAGUUGUGGGAAGCGAGGGUCAGAGGAGGGAGAGGCCGGAGUGACUUUAGACCGCAGUAAGGGGUUUCCUGCCAAGGGGGAGGGUUGUGGGCGGGCGAGCCCGGAGACGGGGUCUGCGCUGGGCUGUUUCUUUAGCCGUGGGAAGUUGAGGCUGAGUGAGGAUGACGACGAGACGGGCGUACAGGGGGGCUGGAAAAGAGGCCGAGAAACUUGGCUGAGAGGAGCAGAGCAUGCUUCUAAAUAGAUCAGGAUGGAAAUGGGGGGGUGGGGGUUCAGGACUUGGGAGGGAGGUGGACCAAUUGUCACUCCAAUCGUAUUAGUAUUCAAAGCGAGUCAGGCGAUUAAUUUAUUUAUAUGUGGAUUACAUAAAACCUAUUAUAUCGUUUGCCCAUUCAGUUCACCCUCUCCUCCAUCCUCCUCCAUAGUGAGUGGGUUUUUAGUUCAGAAACAAGUUAGAGGGGACUUCAAAUAACGAAGGUUGGAAAAUCCCCGAUCCUGUCCUUCGUGGCGCUUCCUUCCUCAGAAGAACAGAAAUUCUUAAUUUACUAGAGGGGAGAAAAUAAAGAUUUAAAAACACAUGGAAAUCGGGAGGAAAUAACACAUUUGAACGGCCGGGGCGGGUUGGGGGGGGGGGGACGGGAGGGGAAUUGGUUACCCUUGUGUGGUAAGGAGAGAACGGAAGGGGCUGCUCCUAAACCCUUAAGACAGGUUGGUUGGUUUUUGAUAACGUCGUUUUACUUAGGGGACGGUUAGCUUAAGCAUCGUGUCUGGCGGUGGGUAUAGUUUAAUUGCUUCGUUAGUUAAUUGAAGGAGGGACUGUGGCAGUGAGUAAACGUUCGUGUGUGAGGGGUGCGGGGGGUACGUUUAAUAGCGCAGCGAAUGUGUUCUGAGUGGCCGUCUAACUGCUCCCCUGCUGUCUCCUUUCCUAGUCGGCCUUCCCCGGAUCCUGCCUGGGUUGCCAAAUCACCCGAUCCCCGGGCUUUACUCCGUUUUGUAGGCCCUUUAGUGCUGUGUUCAACUUUCUAUUGCUCUCCAGUCUCUCCAUAGAUAUUUUUGGCAUUUCAUUUUUUAAAGACCCAGGAAGUGGAGGCUGAGGAUCUCCUCUCUAAAAACAAAACAAAACAAAAAAUAUAGGGUGGAAAGUUGAAAGAGCUAUUGAGUGGGGCAAAAAACCGACGCUCUGAACAAAGGUCCUAGUUGUUGGAGGAAAAGGCAAGAGGCCUAUAUAUGAGGCCUGUGUGUGUGUGUCGCAUUUACACGGGGUGGGGUGUGUGUGUGUGUGUGUGUGUGUGUGUGUGUGUGGAGGGAGCAGCUAGGAUUGAGGAAUGGCCUUAUCAGAUUUAGAGACAAUAAGUUGCAGAUGGUUUUAUUGAGAUUUAUUUUCAUACUUAGAUUAUGCAAAGAGAUCAGUAUUGGGAAUUUUAGAGUAAACAAAAUUUCCAGUUCUUCAUUUUGAAACAACCCUGCUCCAUGUUCAACCCCAGAAAGAUUGAAUUGGGCUUUUACAUCAUCUUUGUGAGAUUGUUGGCAGAGUUUUUAUUUCAUUUAUUUUAUGCUUAAGAGAGCAUAUUAACAUGGUUGGAGGUUGAGGUUGUGGGCUUUGUUCACAUCUGCCUUUCUAUGAAUGUGCCAGUAUCCGUAAGAAUUUAAGGACUGUAAUAAACAUUAUCAUUGUUUCUAUUCCAUUCCCAGUUUUUAAGGAGUUUGAGUGGUUUUUAAGUCUGCUCUGCUGACAAUUACUGUUUAAGUUUGUGUCGUGAACAGGCUUUUUGUUUUAGUUUUUCAUAUACUUUCUAAGUUUUAGAAUACUUCAGGCAGUUAGAGUUCUAGAAGCUGCUAAACUAAAAUAAUUAUUUUAAAAAAGUGAAAGGGAUGCUAGGCCAGUGUAAAAUCAAUGCUUUCACCUAGCAAAGUAAAUUUGAAGUAAUGUUUACUUUUCCAUUCUAACUUUUAAGAUUACUGCGUUAAUGUUAUCUACGUAAGAUUUUAUGAUCCUAUUUUAAUCACAUCAUCCUAGCAAAGAGACACAAACUCAUGGGAAUUCACACACUGACAGUAGCUGUGUGACCUUGAGCUUUUCACUUAUCCUAUCUGGUCUCCAGUUAUCUGUAAAAUGGGGAUGGGCAGUCACUAUCUUACCUCACUGGGUGGUUGUGAGACCCAGUGGAUACAAUGGCUGUGAAAAAUUACAAACUGCUAAAUAACUGUAAUAUAUUAUCAUUAGUUUUAGAAAAUUACAUUUGCUAUUUGAGGCCAUUAAGAACACUUAGAGCUUUUCACCAGUGAUGGUGAAGGGUGGGGGGGCGGUGACCUUGAUGUAAGAUAAGUUACAGCAACUUAUUUUUUUGAAACUGCUGUUAAAUUGGUAGUGGAACUUGGGCCCAAUUUCUGUUAAGUUACUCUUGGGUUGAUUGGUUGGUUUUGGUUUUGGUUUUCGGUUUUUUGCAUCAGCAUGGUAGAUUUCUACCAUACUUUCUCCUGAAUAAAUUUGUUAAUCAUAUUUAGAGAAAUUUCUUUACAUUUUCAUUAUUGAUAACACAUGUACCUGUUUCGGUUCGUGGCUCUUACGGAAUUGACUUUAUAAUGUCAGAGUCUACAAUGAAGGGAAAACCUUGCCAAACCUAUUUUUUUUUUUUUUACAGAAUUUAGGGAGGAGGUGUUUUGUUUUGUUUUUUUUUUUUCUUUUAGGUGGAUGAUGAUCUUUUCGAGCAAAUAGAAUACCAGUUGCCCUUUUAUUUUUCCAUUUGCUGAGGAAAUUUGAUGGACUCCGGUUGAAAAAAGCAACCUGUUUGUUGCUUUUCAUCUUCUCUCAGGUUCCUGUUACUGCCAGACUGACCUGCACUUUUCCUUUAUUUAAACCAUUUUAGGUUCACUUCAGCUCACCCCUUCCUAGCACUUCCUCAAACCCUUCUAUCCCAGGAUCUUUCCCAUUUAUUUCUUGGUUAUCUAAAUAGGCUCCAUUUUGGGAUUAUAGUGUUAGAUUUGUUGACAUGUGUUGCGUUUGUUUCCUGACUGGAUUAUAGGUUUCCCCAAGUCCAGGAUUAUCUUGUAUCAACUGUGUUUUGCAUGAAGGUGCACUCAUAAGCCUCAUUGAAAAUAACACCCAUUUUCCUUCCCACUCCAAACCAAUAAUGUUAACCUAGUCUUGCUGACUAUGCAACCAAUCUUCCUGCUUGGAAAGUUUCUUGGUCUCAACAGAUUCCUCAGGAUGCUAUUUGCUUUGGUGAUCCCAGCCUCUUCAUAUCUUCCUGACUGCUGGAAAGGGCUUAACAUUCAAACAGCUGUGUCACAGAUUUCUUGAAGGCACAAACUCCUAGCAGUUGUUCUUUAUAAUCUCUGCCUGGUUUGCUGGGUUACUCUGACACAUAGUGGGUGCUUGCUGCUACUUAACAGUAAAUAGUGAAUGGUAGUGUCUAGAAAGGGUAUGUCCCUUCAAGAGAGAGGUGCCAAUGUCCAACCGGCCUAAUAACAAUCCAGGGGGGUCACUGCGACGUUCACAGAGGAACACUGCCGGGGCCCAACCACAAGACGACUCGAUAGGAGGAAGGUCACAUUUAGGGCAGGCAAAACAUAAGGGAUAUAGCCCUCCUGAGAGUAGAAAAUCUAAUUCUAAGGCACCCAAAGUGCAGUCUAAUACUACUUCUGAACUGUCAAGGGGACACCUUUCUAAAAGAAGCUGCAGUUCAUCAUCUGCUGUCAUAGUUCCACAACCAGAGGAUCCAGACAGAGCCAAUCCUUCAGAAAGGCAAAAAACGGGGCAGGUGCCUAAGAAAGACAAUUCUCGAGGAGUGAAACGCAGUGCUAGUCCAGACUACAACAGGACCAACUCUCCCAGCUCUGCCAAAAAACCGAAAGCACUUCAGCGUACUGAAUCCCCCUCAGAAACGAAUAAGCCACAUAGUAAGUCAAAGAAGAGACAUUUAGACCAGGAGCAACAACUGAAAUCUGCACACUCGCCAUCGACAAGUAAGGCUCACACCAGAAAGAGUGGGGCCGCUGGCAGUUCACGGAGUCAGAAAAGAAAGAGGACAGAGAGUUCUUGUAUAAAGAGUGGUUCUGUGUCUGAGUCCACUGGUGCCGAAGAGCGAUCUGCAAAACCCACCAAGCUGGCUUCAAAAUCCGCCGCCUCGGCCAAGGCUGGGUGCAGCUCCAUCACUGAUUCUUCCUCUGCCGCCUCUACUUCCUCCUCCUCUUCCGCUGUUGCCUCGGCCUCCUCCGCCGUGCCACCAGGGGCCAGGGUGAAACAAGGAAAAGACCAGAACAAGGCCAGGCGUUCCCGUUCGGCAUCCAGUCCCAGUCCCAGAAGAAGUAGCAGGGAAAAGGAACAGAGUAAAACUGGUGGCUCUUCAAAAUUCGAUUGGGCUGCUCGUUUCAGCCCUAAAGUUAGCCUUCCUAAAACCAAACUGUCUCUUCCAGGGUCUUCUAAGUCAGAGACCUCAAAACCUGGCCCUUCUGGAUUACAGGCCAAAUUGGCAAGUUUAAGAAAAUCUACCAAGAAGCGCAGUGAAUCCCCACCUGCUGAGCUCCCCAGUUUGAGGCGGAGCACACGCCAAAAGACCACGGGCUCCUGUGCUAGUGCCAGUCGGCGGGGCUCUGGCCUGGGCAAACGAGGAGCAGCUGAAGCUCGUCGACAGGAGAAAAUGGCGGACCCUGAAAGCAACCAGGAGACAGUAAAUUCUUCAGCUGCGCGGACAGACGAAACCCCCCAGGGAGCUGCAGCUUCUAGUUCUGUUGCAGGGGCUGUGGGCAUGACCACCUCUGGGGAGAGUGAAUCCGAUGAUUCCGAGAUGGGACGAUUACAAGCUUUGUUAGAGGCCAGGGGUCUUCCCCCUCAUCUGUUUGGCCCUCUUGGUCCUCGGAUGUCACAGCUUUUCCAUAGAACAAUUGGAAGCGGAGCUAGCUCUAAGGCCCAGCAGCUUCUGCAAGGACUGCAGGCGAGUGAUGAAAGCCAGCAACUCCAGGCGGUUAUCGAAAUGUGUCAGUUAUUGGUCAUGGGAAAUGAAGAGACGCUGGGAGGGUUUCCCGUCAAGAGUGUCGUUCCUGCUUUGAUAACAUUACUGCAGAUGGAACAUAAUUUCGAUAUUAUGAACCAUGCUUGUCGAGCCUUAACAUACAUGAUGGAAGCACUUCCUCGAUCAUCUGCUGUUGUCGUAGAUGCAAUUCCCGUCUUCUUAGAAAAGCUGCAGGUUAUUCAGUGUAUUGAUGUGGCAGAGCAGGCCUUGACCGCCUUGGAGAUGUUAUCACGCAGACACAGUAAAGCCAUUCUACAGGCGGGUGGUUUGGCGGACUGCUUGCUGUAUCUAGAGUUCUUCAGCAUAAAUGCCCAAAGAAAUGCACUAGCGAUCGCCGCCAAUUGCUGCCAGAGUAUCACGCCGGAUGAAUUUCAUUUUGUGGCAGAUUCCCUCCCAUUGCUCACCCAAAGGCUAACCCAUCAGGACAAAAAGUCGGUUGAAAGCACUUGCCUUUGUUUUGCACGUCUGGUGGACAACUUCCAACAUGAGGAGAAUUUACUCCAGCAGGUUGCCUCCAAAGAUCUGCUUACAAAUGUUCAACAGCUACUGGUAGUGACCCCACCAAUUUUAAGUUCUGGGAUGUUUAUAAUGGUGGUUCGCAUGUUUUCUCUGAUGUGUUCCAACUGUCCGACUUUAGCUGUUCAACUUAUGAAGCAAAAUAUUGCAGAAACACUUCACUUCCUCCUGUGCGGUGCCUCUAAUGGAAGUUGUCAGGAGCAGAUUGAUCUUGUUCCACGAAGCCCUCAAGAACUGUACGAGCUGACGUCUCUGAUUUGCGAACUUAUGCCAUGUUUACCAAAAGAAGGCAUUUUUGCAGUUGAUACCAUGCUGAAGAAGGGAAAUGCACAGAACACGGAUGGUGCGAUAUGGCAGUGGCGUGACGACCGUGGCCUUUGGCAUCCCUAUAACAGGAUUGACAGCCGGAUCAUUGAGGCAGCCCAUCAGGUCGGUGAGGAUGAGAUAAGCUUGUCCACUCUGGGACGAGUUUAUACUAUUGAUUUUAAUUCUAUGCAGCAAAUCAAUGAGGACACGGGAACAGCACGUGCCAUUCAGAGAAAACCUAACCCCUUAGCCAAUACUAACACUAGUGGAUAUUCCGAGUUAAAGAAGGAUGAUGCUCGAGCACAGCUUAUGAAAGAGGAUCCGGAACUGGCUAAGGCUUUCAUUAAGACGUUAUUCGGUGUCCUUUAUGAAGUGUAUAGUUCCUCGGCAGGACCUGCGGUCAGACAUAAGUGCCUUAGAGCAAUUCUUAGGAUAAUUUAUUUUGCGGAUGCUGAACUUCUGAAGGAUGUCCUGAAAAAUCAUGCUGUUUCAAGUCACAUUGCUUCCAUGCUGUCAAGCCAAGACCUGAAGAUAGUAGUCGGAGCGCUUCAGAUGGCAGAGAUCUUAAUGCAGAAGUUACCUGAUAUUUUUAGUGUUUACUUCAGAAGAGAAGGUGUAAUGCAUCAAGUAAAACACUUAGCAGAAUCAGAGUCUUUGUUGACAAGUCCACCAAAGGCAUGUACGAAUGGGUCAGGAUCCUUGGGGUCCACGACGUCAGUCAGCAGUGGAACAGCCACGGCUGCCACUAAUGCUGCGGCUGACGUGGGAUCCCCCAGCUUGCAGCACAGCAGAGAUGAUUCUUUAGAUCUGAGCCCUCAAGGUCGAUUAAGCGAUGUUCUAAAGAGAAAGCGACUGCCAAAACGAGGGCCAAGAAGGCCAAAGUAUUCACCUCCAAGAGAUGAUGACAAAGUAGACAAUCAAGCUAAAAGCCCCACCACUACUCAGUCACCUAAAUCUUCUUUCCUGGCAAGCUUGAAUCCAAAAACGUGGGGAAGGUUAAGCGCACAGUCCAACAGCAACAACAUUGAACCAGCACGAACCGCGGGAGUCAGUGGUCUUGCCAGGGCUGCCUCAAAGGACACCAUCUCCAAUAAUAGAGAAAAAAUUAAAGGUUGGAUUAAGGAACAAGCGCAUAAAUUUGUAGAACGUUACUUCAGUUCUGAGAACAUGGAUGGAAGCAACCCUGCACUGAAUGUCCUUCAGAGACUUUGUGCUGCGACCGAACAACUCAACCUCCAGGUGGAUGGUGGAGCUGAGUGCCUUGUAGAAAUCCGUAGCAUAGUCUCAGAGUCAGACGUUUCAUCAUUUGAAAUCCAGCAUAGUGGAUUCGUGAAGCAGCUGUUGCUUUAUUUGACAUCUAAAAGUGAAAAGGAUGCUGUGAGCAGAGAGAUCAGAUUAAAGAGAUUCCUUCAUGUAUUCUUUUCUUCACCACUUCCUGGAGAAGAGCCCAUUGGAAGAGUAGAACCAGUGGGUAAUGCACCUUUGUUGGCAUUAGUUCACAAGAUGAACAACUGCCUCAGCCAGAUGGAACAGUUUCCAGUCAAAGUACAUGACUUCCCCAGUGGGAAUGGGACAGGAGGCAGAGGAUCACAGGCUUUAAAAUUUUUCAACACCCAUCAGUUAAAAUGCCAGUUACAAAGACAUCCAGACUGUGCAAAUGUGAAACAGUGGAAGGGUGGGCCUGUCAAGAUUGAUCCCCUGGCUUUGGUACAAGCUAUCGAGAGAUACCUUGUGGUCAGAGGGUAUGGAAGAGUAAGAGAAGAUGAUGAAGACAGUGAUGAUGAUGGCUCUGAUGAGGAAAUAGACGAGUCUCUGGCUGCUCAGUUCUUAAAUUCAGGAAAUGUGAGACACCGGCUACAGUUUUACAUUGGAGAACACUUGCUCCCGUAUAACAUGACUGUGUAUCAGGCAGUCCGACAGUUCAGUAUACAGGCUGAAGAUGAAAGGGAGUCCACAGACGAUGAGAGCAAUCCUCUGGGAAGAGCUGGUAUUUGGACAAAGACUCAUACAAUAUGGUACAAACCCGUGCGAGAGGAUGAAGAAAGUAAUAAAGAUUGUGUUGGUGGUAAAAGAGGAAGAGCCCAAACAGCUCCAACAAAAACAUCCCCCAGAAAUGCAAAAAAGCAUGAUGAGUUAUGGCACGAUGGAGUGUGCCCAUCGGUAUCAAAUCCUUUAGAAGUUUACCUCAUAUCCACGCCACCUGAAAAUAUAACUUUUGAAGACCCGUCGUUAGAUGUGAUUCUUCUUUUAAGAGUUCUACAUGCCAUCAGUCGAUACUGGUAUUACUUGUAUGAUAAUGCAAUGUGCAAGGAGAUUAUUCCAACUAGUGAAUUUAUUAACAGUAAGUUGACAGCAAAAGCAAACAGGCAGCUUCAAGAUCCUCUAGUGAUCAUGACCGGAAACAUCCCAACAUGGCUGACUGAACUGGGAAAAACCUGCCCAUUUUUCUUCCCUUUUGAUACCCGGCAAAUGCUUUUUUAUGUAACUGCGUUUGAUCGGGACCGAGCGAUGCAGAGAUUACUUGACACCAACCCAGAAAUCAACCAGUCUGAUUCUCAAGAUAGCAGAGUUGCACCUAGAUUGGAUAGAAAAAAACGUACUGUGAACAGAGAGGAGCUGCUGAAACAAGCCGAGUCUGUGAUGCAGGAUCUGGGGAGCUCGCGGGCCAUGUUAGAAAUCCAGUAUGAGAAUGAGGUUGGUACCGGUCUUGGGCCUACACUGGAGUUUUAUGCACUUGUAUCUCAGGAACUACAGAGAGCCGACCUGGGUCUCUGGAGAGGUGAAGAAGUGACUCUCAGCAAUCCAAAAGGAAGCCAAGAAGGGACCAAGUACAUUCAAAACCUCCAGGGCCUGUUUGCGCUUCCCUUUGGUAGGACGGCUAAGCCUGCUCAUAUCGCAAAGGUUAAGAUGAAGUUUCGCUUCUUAGGCAAAUUAAUGGCCAAGGCGAUCAUGGAUUUCAGAUUGGUGGACCUUCCCCUUGGCUUACCCUUUUAUAAGUGGAUGCUACGGCAAGAAACUUCACUGACAUCGCAUGAUUUGUUUGACAUUGACCCGGUUGUAGCCAGAUCAGUGUAUCACCUAGAAGACAUUGUCAGACAGAAGAAAAGACUUGAACAAGAUAAAUCCCAGACCAAAGAGAGUCUACAAUAUGCAUUAGAAACCCUGACGAUGAAUGGCUGCUCAGUUGAAGAUCUAGGAUUGGAUUUCACUCUGCCAGGAUUUCCCAACAUCGAACUGAAGAAAGGAGGAAAGGAUAUACCGGUCACUAUCCACAAUUUAGAAGAAUAUUUAAGACUGGUUAUAUUCUGGGCACUAAAUGAAGGCGUUUCUAGGCAAUUCGAUUCCUUCAGAGAUGGAUUUGAAUCUGUCUUCCCACUCAGUCAUCUCCAGUACUUCUACCCGGAAGAACUGGACCAGCUCCUGUGCGGCAGUAAAGCAGACACUUGGGAUGCAAAGACACUGAUGGAGUGCUGCAGGCCGGACCACGGUUACACUCACGACAGUCGUGCCGUGAAGUUCCUGUUCGAGAUUCUCAGUAGUUUUGAUAACGAGCAGCAGAGGUUAUUUCUCCAGUUCGUGACCGGUAGCCCGAGACUGCCUGUUGGAGGCUUCCGGAGUUUGAAUCCACCUUUGACAAUUGUCCGGAAGACAUUCGAAUCGACAGAAAACCCGGAUGACUUCCUGCCCUCCGUAAUGACUUGUGUGAACUAUCUUAAGUUGCCGGACUACUCGAGCAUUGAGAUCAUGCGUGAGAAACUGUUGAUCGCGGCCAGAGAAGGACAGCAGUCGUUCCAUCUUUCCUGAUCACAGCGAGAAAUGCGGUGUCUGCCUGUUACAGCAAAAGAAAAAAAAAAUCAUGAUUUCUUUUCUAAAUGUAUCACCUGAGUCAAGGAAACAUGUUACGCCUUCUUGUUGUAGGAAAAAUGGCUUGCAGAUUAUACAAGAGACACUUGGUUGAUAUUCAUUAAUGGCCCCAUGGACUUAAAGUGAUCAGGCCCUAAAACGUUGUUGUGAUGAGGUUUCUUUAGCAAGUUCUUGUUUAAAUUAUCAUUUAUUUGAUGAGUGAAGUUUUUAACUUGCUUUGCUGUGUGAAAUUUAAAAAAAAGGGAUGUUUUUCAGGCUGAAACAAUAAAUGUCGCUGUGCAGUUUAA